AUGCCUUUCUCUCACCACAGCCACUCGGGCCAAUUCUGCCCCGGCCAUGCCAAAAACUCGCUCGAGGAGGUGGUCCAAACAGCCAUCGCAAAGAAGAUCCAGGUCUUUUGUCUCACGGAGCACAUGCCCCGGACCCAGGAAGAUUUCUAUCCUGAAGAGGUAUGUCUCUAUAUUUAUCAGACUGCCAUUGUAUCUAACGAAACGGAGAUCGAAGCUGGAAACAGCGAAGCCGGUCACAUCACUAAUGAAGCGGCAUAUUUCCAAGAAGCACUACGUAUGCGAGCGAAAUACGCAGACCAGAUAAAGAUUCUGAUCGGGUUUGAAAUCGACUGGAUCCGUCCGAUAUCCCGUACGUUGAUCGAGGACUCGCUGUCUCGACACCCGUUUGAGUUCUUUGUCGGUUCUGUCCAUCACAUGCACACGGUCCCGAUUGACUAUGAUCGGGAAAUGUAUGAGAAGGCACGAGAGCUUGCAGGAGGGACUGAUGAACGACUGUUUGAGGAUUAUUUCGAUGCGCAGUUGGAUAUGCUCCGGCAGCUGAAGCCGCUGGUUGUGGGGCACUUUGAUCUUAUCCGGUUGAAGAGUGAUGAUCCCGAAAGAAGCUUUCAGCAGUGGCCUGGGGUGUGGGAUCGGAUUGUGCGGAAUUUGGAGUAUGUAGCUGGGUAUGGGGGGAUGUUGGAGUUGAACUCCGCGGCGCUGCGAAAAGGGAUGAGUGAGCCAUAUCCAAACGGGGAGAUUUGCAAGGAAUUCAUCGCAAAGGGAGGUCGUUUCUGUCUUUCCGAUGACAGCCACGGGGUUGACCAAGUAGGCCUGAACUUUCACCGUGUGCUGGCCUUUAUUGAGAAGGUGGGCAUUUCUACACUGCAUUAUCUGGAGCUGUCAGAUGCGACACCAGCAAUGGACGAACGAUUCCCUCGAACUCAGGUUCGCUCGAUCCAGACGGAGGAGUUGAAGACGAUGUCCUUUUGGUAG